AUGGUAGCUUGGGCAGCUUUAGGCGCAAUGGGAACAAAAGCAUUAGCAUUUGGAGCAAAAGCACUUGGAGCUUAUGACGCAGUAAAUAAAAUGAGUGGAGGAAGGGUUUCAAAGACAUUAGAUGCAAAUAAAGGAAAGAUUGGAGGCUGGGUUGCAAAGAAGUUAAGAUUAAAUAAAAUAGGGCUCAUAAAUAAAGCAUCCAAUUUGGUUGCGACUGAGUCAGAAAAUGCUUUAGGAAAGGACGAUGAGUUUGCAAAACACGCAAAAGACUUUAAUGACCAGAUGAAAGGUGAAACAAUGCAUUUAAAUAGAGUCGAUGGAACUAAAGAAAAUGUUUCUUCUCCACCAGCGUUUUCCAUAGGUCCUAUGGAAUGUAUGGAAACCCUUACGAAAGACCAUUUGACCCAUUGA